ACCUCCCCGCGUCCAUCUCCACUCUAUGAGGGCGGCGUUCUGGACGUUUCCGCUCUUGUGUUCAUGCGGCCUUGCUGCGGCUCGGGCUGCCCCCCCUCGGCCAAUCGCGCUCGAGAAGCGUUCGCCCGCCGAGCCCGAUAACUUCAAUAUCACUAUCUACCACGUGAACGACAUACACGCGCAUCUGGACGAGAUCACGACCAGCGGCACCGACUGCACCAAGCCCGCGAGCGGGUGCUACGGGGGAUAUGCGAGGAUCAAGGCUGCUGUGGAUGCCGGACGGUCUAGCGCGCAGAACUCGCUGUUCCUGAACAUGGGCGACGAGUUCCAGGGCACGCUCUUCUUCAGCUACUACGGCGGCGAGAAGAUCGCGGAGACGCUCAACCAGCUUGGAUUUGACGCGCUCACUCUGGGUAAUCACGAGUUUGACCGCGGAGAUGCGUACCUUGGACAAUUCCUGACGAACUUGACUAUCCCGAUCGUCUGUGCCAACGUCGACAGCCAGGACGAAGCCAUCAACGCCACCGUGAAGCCGUACCAUGUUUUCCCCGAGUACCGGCUCGCGGUCGUGGCUGUGACGACAGACACGAUCCCCAGCAUCUCGAAUUCCGAUCGGUCGACCGCGUUCGCUGACCCCGUCGCGAGCGCGCAGUAUUGGACCGAUUACGUCUACGAGCACGAGCAUGUCGAGCGGGUGGUGCUGAUGUCGCACAUCGGGUAUGCGGCGGAUAUCGAGCUAGCCCAGAAGACGUCGGGGAUCUAUCUCAUCAUCGGUGGGCACUCGCAUACUCUUCUGGGAAGCAUGCCCAACGCUGCGGGCCCCUAUCCGACCAUCGAGACCAAUCUCGACGGGGAUGAGGUGUAUGUGAUUACGGCCUACCGCUAUGGAGAAUAUCUCGGAUACAUCGAUGUCCAGUUUGAUCCCCACGGGAAGAUCGCCGGCUACACGGGAGGCCCGAUCCACCUGACCAACCAGACCGCGCAGGACGCCGAGCUCCAGGCAGACAUCAAAGCGUGGCGUAUUCCAUUCGAUGCGUUCGGGAACCAGGUCGUCGGAGACACAACGGUCCUGCUCGACCACGGGCCCUGCAAGAAGACUGAGUGCAACUUCGGCGACCUGAUGUGCGAUGCCAUGCUCGACUACCGCAUUGCGCAGUCGGACGUCGUUGGGUGCGUGCUCAACGGCGGCGGAGUCCGGGUCGACCUUCCCGUAGGCAACAUCACGCGCGGGGACGUCAUUACCGCCUUUCCCUUUGGCAAUGCAGUCACCGAGGUCUCGUUUACGGGGCGCCAGCUGUGGGAUCUCUUCGCUGGCGCGGUCGCCGGUAUCUCGGUGUCGAACGGCGCUGCAGUCAUCUCUUGGCCACAGAUCUCGCAGGGCAUGCGCGUCACAUACAACAGUGCUACCAAGCAGCUCGUCGACCUCGAGAUCGGCCAGGGCGGGAACAUGUCUUCGAUUGAUUUGGCCGCUACGUACAGGAUCGUCACAAGCGACUACGUCGCUGGCGGCGGCGACAAUAUCAUGCCCGUCCAGAGCGGAUAUGUCGUGUUAGAUACUCUGGAUGAGGUGCUCACAGCUUACAUACAGCAGCGUGGGACUGUCAGCGAAGCGCUGCAGAACCGGGUCGUUGCAGUCUCUACUUGAACGUCCGCUUUAGGAUAGCUCUUUCGCAAUAGACCCAAGUCGCUCGUUGAAAGGCAAGAGGCUGAGGUUCCGAUCAUGUGCGAAUAAAGAGCUGUCGCGUAGUCGAUUGGGACGCGUAGAUCGGGGCACGAGACGCUGGCGCGUGGUUUCUGUCGCGCAGCGGAGCUCGGACCAAAGCCGACAGACAGCGGUCAGCCGACCGGGAAAUGUUAGCUUCGACACUUCUUAGUCGGAAAUGUAGAGGGCGAGACUGCCGUCGGGGCUUGAGAGAGUGAUAAGUAGAAGAGUAGGCUAAUUGUUCUGGACUCGCCUCCCUUUUCAUCCCCCCAGUCACGACCUGGAUGACUUCAGAAUCUACGCCUCUCCUGCUCAAGGCAAAGCCGUACGACACGAGUCGACGAGAUUUCGCACUGUUGAUGAUUGGAUUAUGGAGCCAAAGCUUCAUCUCCUCGCUCGAUGGCACCAUCGUCGCCACGCUCAUUAGCAACAUCGGAUCCUCUCUGGAGGCUAUGCAGCUCAGCUCGUGGAUCGGGACGGCCUACCUGCUCUCGCUAUGCGCCUUCACGCCGAUCUACGGUCGACUAGCCAACAUCCUCGGCCGACGGCCCAGCGCCAUCUUCGCCUCCAUGUUAUUCGGAACAGGGACUGUUCUCUGUGGUUUCUGUCGCACCAUGCCGCAGCUGAUCGUAUGCCGCGCCAUAGCUGGGAUCGGGGGUGGCGGGAUGACGGUUCUGGGAUCCGUGAUCGUCUCGGACGUCGUACCACUCAAAAGCCGGGGGCUCUACCAAGGAUUCACGAACCUGCUCUUCGGGCUUGGCGGAGCGAUCGGCGGUCCUCUUGGCGGAUGGCUCGGCGACACCGUCGGAUGGCGCGCGGCGUUUGCUUGUCAAGCGCCGUUGCUCGCACUGGGCACCACUCUGCUUUUCCUCAAGGUGCGCGAACCGGAGAGCGUGACCUCCGCCGCGACGUCGACGCUCGUCGCGAAGCUCAAGCGCAUCGACUAUGGCGGGACGUGCGCGCUUUUCUUUACGCUUCUGACGUUCCUUGUCGGCCUCAACUACAAGACUGCGGCUGGAUACGAGUGGUCGGAUACGCAUGUAUGGGGCUAUCUGGUGGCCUCAGCCUGCUUUGUUGUUGCGUUCUUUGUCGUAGAGUUCAGGCUAGCCGUAGAGCCAGUUCUUCCGAUCGCAAUGCUGAAGCUACGAACGCCCGCAUUCGUUGCACUGAACAAUUUCCUGAUCGCCAUCCUGAGCUUUUCGAUGAUCUACUCCAUUCCACUCUAUUUCACCGCGGCGUUCCUCCGGACAUCGAGCAACGCAGGAGCGCACCUCAUCUCCAAUUCCAUCGGACUGUCUCUUGGGUCGCUUUUUGCAGGAUGGUACAUGCGGAAGACGGGUCGGUAUUGGAAGCUGCAGUUCGUGUCCGGCCUGUGCGUCAUCUUGGCUGCUGUAUUCGUCGCGUUGUGGCACGAGAACACACCCGAGUGGUUCAUGUAUAUCACCCUGGCACCGUUUGGAUAUGGAUAUGUUUCUAUGCUCACCACAACGCUGCUUGCUCUCAUCGCUAGCGUCCCUCGAGAUGACAUUCCGAUGGCAACAAGCUGCAAGUGAUUCCGCAGGGACCUCUUACUCACCUCUGACUGCUGCGAACAGUGUCCUACCUCUUCCGCACAACAGGCCAAGUUCUCGGUGUCGCACUAUCUGCAGCUAUAACUCAAUCCCUGCUCGCGCACCACCUGCGAUUGCGCAUCACAGGGGAGAAUGCUGAAGAAAUCAUCUCGCGCAUCCUUGACUCUACGGAGUACAUUCACACGCUGCCCGACGAGCUGCAGAGAGCCGCUACGACGAGCUGGGCGCUCUCGCUGCACACCGUUUUCUACUGCCAGAUCGGCCUCGCUGUUUUAUUGUUGCUCUCGACGCUGCCGAUCCAGGAAUGGCCGCUGCCCGACAAGAUUGCGAGCACACCUCCGACCAUGAGGCGUUCCGACUCGGAGUCCACGGUGACGCCGUGAUCAAUCAAGACCUGCACGCCCUCCCAGUAUGUAAUGUCCAAUAUCAAAAGUAGGCAGAGAAUGGAUCCCAAUGACCACCGUCCGACUCGUCCUAUGCUGAAGCGGAGAGUUUGCACGUGACCCGGGAAUAAAAAUGUAAUCUGUGGAUCCUCCUUUGAAUGAGCCCAGUGGGCUUUUGGAAAGGAUCAAAUGUAUCCAUCUAUGUAUCGAGUCGUCGGCAUCAGUGUUGCCAUGACCAAACCGUUGCCUCACGACCUUCGAAAAGACAUAAAUACCUCAGCGGGAGAAGAGAGUUCUUCGAUCGGAUCUAUUACCCAUCGCCAAUCACUCCGCUCUACCUACACCUGUGUAGACUGUAAUCCAAGUUAGAUCAGAAACGAAACGGACUUGUC